AUGGCCCGUGAAAUUAUCCACCAGAAUUCUCUCCCGUCGCCGUCGAUGUCGCCUCAGCAACCCGAGUCGCCCAUGCUGAAGAACACCCACCCAUCGCCCUCCGCCUCUGACGACACCCAGCCACGAAAGCGCUCUCGGACGGACCUGUCUGUCGACGAGCGCAAGGAGGCCCGCGCCCACCGCAACCGUAUCGCCGCCCAGAACAGCCGUGAUCGCCGCAAGGCCCAGUUCAACGCCCUCGAGCAGCGCAUCGUCGAGCUCGAGGCCGAGAACCGCACUCUCCGCGCGAGCAUGGGCCUCGCCGCACUGCGCGACUCUGACGAGCACCGUGCGAUCGAGAAUCAGCGGGAGCGGGAGAAUGCCGAGCUGCGGGAGCGCGUCAAGACGCUCGAGCAGGGCUGGGACGCCAUCCUCAAGGCUGUCCAGCUCACCGGCAUCCCGGCCGGCAUCCUCCCCCAACCAGUAUCUGCCUCGGCAUCUCCCCCCGCACCAGCGCCUGCCUCCUCCACCAACGCCCGUCCCUCGUCUUCCAAGACAUCCGCAUCAAAGCCCCACGCUCACCACGCGCCCGCCACGUUCCCCGUCUUCGUCCCGCCCUCGCCGGUGUUCCCCCUCUCGCCGGCGCCGUCCAGCGCAUCCACCGCGUCCCAGCAGCAACAGCAGCCCUUGUUCCUUCCCGAUUCUGAGCCCGAGCCCACUCGCCACCUAGCACGGGUGGCGUCCACCGCAAAAGCGGUGCCCCAGCAGCGGGACGCGCAACACCCACAACUGGACGAUGCGGCGAUGGACGACCUCUUCCGCGAAAUCCUCGCGUCGCCGACGCUGUCCGCAGCCGUACCUCCUCAGGCUAGCUCCUCGGCCUUCGCGCCGCUAGCCGACCUCGACUACGAGGAGGGCGCAGCGGGCCUGGACGUUGGCAUGGCGGGCGAGGACAGCGAUGACGCGCUCGCGGACCAGGAGGCGGAGGUGAACGUGGAGCAGCUGCAGGCACUCUGGGAAUGGCUCCCGGGAAGCACGGCCGCGGACGAUCUGUCUGCGCUCGAGCUCGACGUCGGCGUCGGUGCGACGGGCUGGGAUAUGCCCGUCGUGCCGCCCGUGUCGGUGGCGGAGGUCUUCUAA